UCUCGCGCUUAACGCAUUGUUUGUCAUAUUUAGAGUCCGACGUUGGAACUUUUGGGUGAAAUAGAUUGAAAAAAAGAUCAUUUAAUUAUAAAAAUCUGAACUAGACUCAUUUCGAAUCGAGUACUUAUUCCAAUGUGGGGUUUGAUCGUGUAACUUUCAAAUUACUUCAGUGUCUGAGUACACCAUGGCUGAAUUUCUAAAAGGCAUUUUACUGACACUUUUGUCGGAAAAGUGUUACGAUGAAUAUUUUAAUAAUUAUAACUUUCUAGAUGUUCCUUGUUUUAAGUCAACUUUGAGCAAAGGCCUAGGCAUCGGCAUUAUAGCCGGGUCGAUAUUGGUCAAAAUUCCACAAAUUUUGAAAAUAUUAAAUAGCAAGAGCGCUGAAGGUAUCAAUAUUUAUGGAGUUUCCCUGGAAUUAUUUGCAAUUACUGCCAACUUUGCAUACAGUUAUGUUAUGAGUUUUCCAUUUAGUGCAUGGGGUGAAGGUACAUUUUUAGCUGUUCAAACAGUGAUAAUUGCAGCUCUUGUUUUGCAUUAUGGUGGAUCUCCUGGGAAAGCUGGACUUUAUUUAGCAACAUAUGUAGGAUUGGUAUCCACACUCAUUACUGGCUAUACUCCUGUUGGUGUAUUAUGGAAUAUGCAAGCUGUUAAUGUUCCUAUUAUAGUUUUGGCAAAGUCAAUUCAAGUGAUCACUAACUACAAGAAUGGUAGUACAGGUCAAUUGUCAGCUGUUACCUGCUUUUUAUUGUUUGGAGGGAGUGUAGCAAGAAUUUUCACUUCCAUUCAGGAAACAGGGGAUUCAAUUAUUAUCCUCACAUACUGUGUUUCAACAAUAGCUAAUGCAGCAUUGGUCUUGCAAUUAUUCUGGUAUUGGAAUGUUGUCAAACCAAAGAAGAAUGUAAACAAGAAAAAGAAGAAAUAAGAUUAACUUUUUUAUACUUAGGUCAAUCAUAAUAAAUAUAUUGUAAACAAUUUAGUUACCUACUUUAUUAUUUUAAUGAGUGGUAUAGGACCUGUG